AGGAAUUUGAGCAAGCGGCACGCAAGCAAACGAAGGGCCCAGAAAGUGCAGACAGGGUUUCAGCUGGGGCGCAAGCGGGCAUUUCAGUUCAUGAAUACAGCAUCGCAACACAUAUGGCGUGACCCAGUCGGAAAUCCCCGGUCAAGCGAGCAAGUGAAUGUGCAAGGUGCACCAGUGAACCAGGCGCUCACGUUCGACAACUAAUUAUAAAAUUAUUAUCAUAAAUGUACUGAAAGCAUGCCUAGAUAAUUAAGCCUCUGGCAGAGCAAAGCUCACUGUGUAAAGACUGAAGUCUGAAGCGACCGCCUCACGAAUCAGCGCACGCAUUCAUAACUCAUCAUGAAUGUUGUCUAAAACCAACCUAGGCCAGGGCCAGGGAAACGCCCCAGCGCGACGAUGCGGGACACGCACUCGCGCCCCCGCUUGGCGUACCAAUAUGCAAGCCCACCGGCUUUGCUGUGCAUCGAUGACUACAGCAGCAGCAGUGGCCGGGAUGGACAGCGGGGCUUUGGCCAAGCCGGUGGGCAAGAGGCCCCUUGGUCGGGACGGCCCGGACGUGUCAAUCCUAUGCUUCGGCUGCAUGCUGUUCGGCGAGAGCACCAGCUACCCGCAGGCCGAACAGCUACUGGGCAUGUGCAUGGAGGCGGGGGUCAACUUCUUUGACACGGCGGAGAUGUAUCCUGUCCCGCAGCGCGCCGAGACGCACGGCGCCUCCGAGGAAUACUUGGGGCGCUGGCUGCGGAGCGGAGCCGUGCGCAGGGAGGACGUGGUGCUGGCCAGCAAGGUGGCCGGGCCCAGCGGCCAGAUGACCUGGAUACGCGGGGGGCCGCACAAGGUGGACGCACACAACAUCCAGCAGGCUCUGGACGCCUCCCUGCAGCGCCUGCAGACUGACUACAUCGACCUGUACCAGAUCCACUGGCCUGACAGGUACGUGCCCAUGUUUGGCGACAGCGAGUACGACCCCUUCUGCGCCUACACGGGGGCCGUGCCGCUGGAGGAGCAGCUGGAAGCACUGGGGCGGGCCGUGCAGCAGGGAAAGGUCCGAUACGUCGGCUUGAGCAACGAGACGCCGUGGGGCCUGUGCAAGGCGCUGGCUCUAGCAGGUACACCAGCGCCCACCGGUGCCAGUGCGAGCACAGGCACGCAGGCUGCAGCUGCCGCUGGCGCCGCCCCCCGGCCGCGUGUGGUGUCGCUUCAGAACGCCUACAGCCUGACCUGCCGCACCUUUGACUCGGGCGGCCUGGCGGAGGUGUGUCACCUGGAGGGCGUGGGGCUGCUCGCCUACAGCCCUCUGGCCAUGGGGCUGCUCACGGGCAAGUACUUGGCUCCAGACGGCGGCCCGCCCGGCGCGCGGCUCAACCGCUACCGCGGCCGCUAUGCUGAGGCCGAGUCACGUUACGGCCCCCGACCCAACGUGGUGUCCGCCGUCGCCGCCUAUGCCGCCCUGGCCGCCGACGUCGGGCUCAGCCCUACCGCCCUGGCGCUGCGGUUCGUGCUGUCGCGCCCGCUGGUGGCGAGUGCCGUGAUCGGCGCCACCAGCCCCGAGCAGCUGGAGGAGCUGCUGCGGGCGGCGGCGCAGCUGCUUCCGGGAGGAGGGGCGGGUGGAAUAGGCGAGGGGAUUAGGGAGUGGCUGCCGGAGGAUGUGCUGCAGCGCAUCGACGAGAUCCAUGAACGCUACCCCAACCCCACGCCCUGAGCAGCAGCAGCGGCAGCUGCAAGCCGCUGGAGUAGCAGAAGCAGAGGUGGCAGAGUGAAACUGCACACCCGUACUUACGGGAUGGUGGCGGGCGCGCAUGCGGCAAGCGGCGCGACGGCUGGCGGGCGUGUCUGCCUGCCCGCCUGUCCGCCUGCCUGCAUCAACGGCACGGCGCCUGCAUCUCCACUGCCACAUCCAUCAAUCGUCACAGACUGGACUGCACACAGCCACCGCGCCCACGGCAGUCGGGGCCUGGAACACAACUUAGCCAAGCCGGUCACCCGCCGGAGCGGCGCCAUGCAGUGGGUGGGAAGCCAGGCGUGCUUAGGGGGCGGCACCAGCGCUAUGUAAAGGCCGGCGGUCGACAGCAGCGCAGCUGCCACGCAGCAAACCUGCUCCCGGCACGUUGCUGCAGGAUGCGGGAUGGGUACCACGGCAGUGACGUGGGCUCAGCAGCAACCGCCGCCCCAGCAACCAGGAGCUGGACACACGCGUCAUCACACAACAACCUGCGUGGUACCGCGCGGUGGUGGGUAGCAUCGUUGCAGCCCUGGACACCUGGUCAGCCCUCGGGCGUGGGCUGUGUGUAUUGCGCCUGCACGGAUGCAGUGCCCGGUACAUGAUGAGGACAUAUGCAAGCAGUAGCUCGGUAUACAGGACUUCGGACGGGGGCGGGGCGCACCGGCAACACAAGGACGGAGUAUGAGUGUUAGUGUUUGGUUUGGGGCUUUGGUUGAUGCGCCGCCCGGGCAGGCGAGAUGUGGCGACUUGCAUCUGAGCGAUGAUGAGUUUAGUAUCGAGGCACGCCCGCGUAUAAGCAUGGAAGUUACACUGGUGGCGGCGGUGCUGCAGAAGAGGCUGACGUGGAUGAUCCCACGAUUGCGGCGGCUGCGGAGGCCUACUGGGGCUCGGCAGCCGCUGCUGAGGUGGCGAUCGCGGAGGAGGCUGCUGGUGUUGCAGGUGUCCGGGACGGCGCAGCCCACGGCUUCGGCGCCUCCAGCCCGGGAUCAGGCGACGGUGGCAUGCAACAGCAGCUGCAGCCACACUACCAGUACCAGCCGCCUCACACGAGCAGUCCGCAGCGCUACGUCACGGCAGCGGCUGCGGAGCCUACCGGUGCCGCCGCAGCGUCCGGCUCCCACAACGGCGGCGGCAGCACCUCAGGAUCCAUGCGCUUCCGUCGCCUCGCAGCCGCGCCGCCUGCGCUUGGCGUGCCGGGCACGGGGGUCGCGGCCGCUCGGCCGAACAGCACGCGCCCCGGCAAUCCUCCUCGGCGGCUGUCCUUUGAGGCUUACGCCAAGUCGGCAUUAGGGGUGCCCCUGGUGGGCAGCUUCUCUGGGUAUUGGAGCGGGGUUCUACUCGGGCAAGGUACAGCCGGCCGCCAAGACGAGCGAAGCGCUGUUGGCGACGACGCGCGGUAUGCAGUAGAAAUACAUGCAGCAUGACACGAGUCCAAGCCGGGUCCAUCCGGGUCAAGUCCGGGUGGUUCCAUACCGUACCUGCUGGUUUUUUGUACGGGUUGUUGACUGAUGAGUGGGCUGGGGUGCGCGCAUAACGUUGUGGGAAUUUUAUGAUCCAGGUAAACGGCGCUGCCGUGAUUGCAGCACGCUCCUUGCAUCAUAUUAUCUCGAUUUUUACACUAUUGGGCGAAAGGAUUGUCCAUUCCGUUGGGCCUGAGUGCCUGGCUGUUGCACCGGUUGAGCUGUAUCUCCAUGAGGUUGCAAAGGGGAGAACCACACCGGCGGGGGGGGGGCAGAACCACACCAGGCGAGGUCCCUGCACCGCAAGAUGGCCAGGAUGUGCUGACAGGGAACGUUGCUACUGUAGCUAGUCCCACGACGCCAAGUCACGGGAGGGCUAUCGGAGUAGGGCUGAGGAUGGCGCGUGUCAGAUGGCGACCAUACCCGGCACCGGCAUGUUGCACUGUGACACGCCACACAUGGGGCUGGUGCGGACGGCUUGACGAGCUUGCGCGCCCCUGAUCUUACGCAUACCACAACUCCACAAGCUGCGGAGGCACGCCUUGGGUACGUGUGUACUGUGGGUAGUUGGGGGCCACGGGCGCCCAGCAUGCACGUGAUUUAACCUGCUGCAGUUUGAUGGGUUCAAUGAAUACGGCUCGCACGGGGAGUACGCCUGAUGGAUGAGGGGCGUGGUAUGAUUCUUGGGCUAGUCGAAGAGCGCUUCUGAGGCUGUCUGUGGAGCUUGCCAUUGGGCAGGUCGCUUCUGGAAUUUGAGGACCGCGAAAGGAGUUCACCCUCCCCUGGUGUUCACAGGCAGGGUCCUCGGAGGAUUUGCGGACCGGGAAAGGAGUUCACCCUCCCAUGGUGUUCACAGGCAAGGCCCUUGGAGGAUUUGCGGACCGGGUGUGAAGGCUGUCACGCACUUAUACAGCCGCACUACCGUUUAUAACACUUGAUUGGGACUGCGCUGAACCUUGUUGUGAAGACACCGCCAUGUCAUUAUUUCAUUAACCGCUGGUUGACUCGGCUCGGCUGACAAGGUCAAGCCGCGCCGCGGCUUACUUUUUGCUAGACAGAUGGAUGUGGAAUCCCACCUAGCCGAGCUGCGAGACGAGUAUGAGCGCAGUCGGGCGUUCCUGGCGCAGCUCGAAUUGUCUCGCAAGGUUCGGGAACCCGAGCCAGAGGAGUCAGAU